UAUUUUCAGAUCAUCAUUGCCUGCGUUGCCACUGUGGCCUUCGCCGCCCCCCAGUACAGCUCAAGCGAAGAAGUUGAGUUUGUGCCAAUCCUUAAGGACGACCGCGUCCAAGAGGACGACGGAACAUACAGCUUCGACUUCGAAACUGGCAACGGUAUCAGCUUCUCCCAGGCUGGAUCCCCCGACGGUGAUGAGGACGCUGUGAUCAAGGCCGGAGAAUACUCCUACACCGCUCCUGACGGCACUGAAAUCCGUCUACGCUUCGUUGCUGACGACAACGGCUUCCAGCCCGAGGGCGACCAUCUGCCCGUGGCUCCCGAGUUCCCCCACCCGAUCCCCCAGUUCGUCCUCGACCAGAUCGCUAAGGCCGCCGAGGAGGACGCCGCUCGCGCCGAUUCUGAUGAAAAUUAG